ACUCCGGAUGCUCGCGUUUCCCAAUUCUGCAUUUCUCCAGAUGAAAUAACCUUGAUGCUUUUUUAUUGCUCUUUAUCACUAUUUAACUUUUCCCUCUCCAUGCAUUUUACCCCAUAAAAACAAUAUGGAGUCAAUACGAACUGUCACCUAUAAGCUUUUUGCUGAUAUUUCUGAUUCAAAUGUAGCAACUCCAGAAUGGGCAAGUUUAGACGAUCAACAUUUACAAACUUUCAAUGGGUUGUUCAACAGAAAUCCUUCAAAAAGGCGUAGACUGCGACUGUUACAUCCCAACACCUCCUUCGAAGCCAACACCUACGGCAAUAUUAAUAUUAAUCAUACGCACACAUCUGCUCGUAUAGACUACGAUAGUUUGGCGAAUGACUUCCUAAAAGGCUGCCAUAUGGCAGGCGGCAAUGUCACAGAACAGCUCAAGAAAGUCAUAUUGAAAUACCGAGAAGGACCUAUUACGUUAAUAAAGGCCUCACGCUUGAUUACGUUUCUACAUCAUGUAUUGAAAGUUAUACCGAUUACAAAUACAGCAUCAUCAUCGACACCAAUAUCAGGAAAACUUAGCUUUCCCCUCGGCUCAAUGGUAGAAGAUUUAACUCUAACUCUCACAACACAACAGCCCUCAAUCUGGAUCCUGACUAUUCAAUUCAUAUUAUCAUGUUUGAGAAAUACACCACAGCAGCAUAUUCACGCAGCAGGCAUUACAACACCUGUCAUUCUGAGUGUUAUCAAGCAUAUUCUAGUGGAGCUGACUCGAUUACCUUAUACACAUAUGACAGCCGCGCAAGAAAGUUGUUUUUCAGUUGGCAGAGAACUGUUAGAUCUAUUGUUGAUCAAAGGAAAUGACACAAUAAAGGACAAUGGAUCCAAACUCGCCAGCAUGAGCAAUUCAAAAAAAUUUGUUGGCAUUGGAACGAUUACUUUUUACGAUGUGAUUUAUUCUUUCCCAGAGUUAUAUGGCCACUUCGUUAUUACAGCACCAAACAUGAAUACGAACACUGGAACACAUUUUCAGCCUUCCAUUGCCAAUCACAAUGUAUGGCUGAUGACAUUGAAUCAUUUAACCGUCUCAAUAAUGCAAGACCAUCGCUUAUUAGACCGCAUACCAACGUUAAUGGCGAUCAAUAUAAUUAAACACAUACUCAGAGAAAUCAAUACAUUACCUGCCGAUUUGACAACGACACAAGUCAAUUGUAUCAAUAAAGGAAAAGAACUAAUCAAUUUACUACUAUUGGGAGUUAAUGGCGACGGUGCUGGUGCUGUUUCUCACUACGAUAUUAUUGUCUCAUUACCUGACGUCUAUGGCAUUUUCCAACAUGGUACUUUUGCUCAAAGUGUACACUGGGCUAUGGAAAAAUUCAUCAACGAGUUAGGUAAAAGACGUCGCCAUUUAGCCUUUUUAAUGAUGCCGCCCGAUGCGUCUUGGCCUCUCAUUUCCCUUUUGAGUAGAAGGCAUGAAUAUAAUGACCUCACCACACGAACAAGUUAUCAUAUGUUUGAAGGCGAUUUAAUCGAAUUUGUAAAAGAGGGCAGUUCAACCAAUAUAGAAACGCAUUUUCGUGAUAUGUUAUACCAGCGUGCUUCAAUGAACGAGUUCCGACAAUUGGCAAUGUCGCUGACGCAAACAGGCUUGGAUACAACAUUAAUAAGGAAAGCCAUGGUUGCUAAAAUUCGUGAUGUAAUUCGAUGCAUUCAACAUUUCAGUCAAACUGGCGAAUACGAAGAUACUGAUGUGAAAAUGAGCGAAGAUCAACGUACUACAGCGGUAUCCGAAGAUGAUUUGACUAUGAAGAUACCGAGCAACUUUCAUUUAUGGGAGCUUAUGAUAGAAACUGCAGAUCAACUUUACAGCUUUGUUUCAGCAGACUUCUUUACCUACGACGAGAUAUUAAAUGAUAUCUAUGAAUUGAUAUACCGACCUGAUGGUGAGCCACAUCUGCCAGGUGUACAAAACUAUAUAGCGAAGGAUAACGGGCUUGUGUGGUUACUGCUUCAACUCUUCUACAUUGAAAAAGUAUCAAAAGAGGUGAUUCAAAAGGACUUCGAACAAGAUGAGAAGCUUUUUGACAAACUUGUUAGGCUUUAUACAGACGAGCAAACAGAAUCAAAAGACGCCUUUACUCUUCGCGAUUUAGCAUUGCAAUGCGCUAUAAACCAUCAAAAGGCUAACAUACGGGAUGUCAGUAACAUAAAGCAGAGACAUCCAUUAGUUGCCGCCUCUUUACAACAUGCCGGGCUCUGCUACCAGAUACAAGCCUACUUUGGCAACCAUUAUCACAGCAAUGUGCAAAAUAAUUUCAAUAUCUUCAACAACCUUGAUUUACAAGAAAAGAUUAAAAUUGCCAUGGAAAGCCAACUGAGACAGGAUGUCGUUCCUUAUUCGCUAUACGUGUGCCUUGUGCCACCCCAAGCAGAAAUAGGGACUCUAGGUCAUCCUUCAACAACCUAUACAAAGGGUUGUUCUCUAGAUUACGAGCUGCUUGAUCUUCUUAGCGUUAACGCCAAACACAGGUUAUUACAGGUCAUAUACAAGAUGAUGCUUGAUAGUGAAACCGGACCACGCUAUCAAUCAAAUACAGGGAAAACGUUGACCUGCGUGCCUCCUUAUGUUUUGGAUAUCGUGUAUAAACUAUUACACAGCUCACCUUGCUCAGCUGAACUGAUGAUAAAGGAGAUCUUCGACAAACUACGGCGUUGUGAUAAAAUGAUAAAGAUGAGGCACACAGGUGAAUCUCAUAAUGGUGUGGUCAUUCAACAAUUACCAGAACAGACAAUGCGAUGGUUACAAACUAUUUUGCAAUUGAUGAAUUAUCGGUUGAUCGGAUUCUUGAAGUAUUCAUCCUUUGCUUCCGGCUUGUUACAUUAUAUUCGCUUUUUCAUAUCUUACCUGGACAACCGUCAGUGUUAUCAAGCUCUUGAGUCAUUCACCGCAAACGUUAUUAAAAUGCAAAUCGACGUGAAGCUGUUGCGUUCUCUUGAUGAUCCUCAUAGAGAAAAGCCUAUCUGGUUCUCCGAAUCAGAAAUGUUAGCGCGUCUCACUGUUUAUAGCAUCAGUCGUCUGAUCAAAAUACGAGGUCAAGCCGACAUCAAAACAGAACUAAUUUACCGUGUCUUAUCAAACUUGUAUGAGCAUCGUAUUGAAUGGUCCCCUGAAGCCUUACGCUUUUUCCCAGCUGCUGUAAGAUCGUUUUAUGAAUCAGAUAACAAAGCGGCAGAAGUUCGUCCAAUAGUUUCAACACAGAAAAUACAGCAACUGACAGUGAAUAACAAAGCCUUCUUGGGCUAUAUUUUGCAAGGCAGGUCUGAAGCCGAAACAAUCAUAUUACAACAUUUUUCAUUGCUAGAGAAUCAGCCGGAUAUUCUGUGCGCUUUAUGGGCUAUCGCACUGUCGAGAAGCUCGGCUGAUUGCUUUCAUAUGGUAUCUGUUCGCAACUUAUUGUUACUCAUUCCACCUGCACGCAUGUCGACAAGAACAAUCGACCUAAUAGAUUUUAUAUUAAGCGUUGAUUUCCCCGCAAAGGAUACUUCCUUUCUGUAUUCUCUUCUGGAUUCGUUCAUAUGGAAACAUCAAUGGAUAAACUUUAAUCAUGUCAUAUUUGCGUUAACAAAAGGAAGUGGUUCACCAGAGCGUCAUACGAAAGCGAUGGCGUAUUUACGCUAUCUGUUGUUAGAAUCUCCCGAAUUCCAAAAACGUGCUGACAAAUGGGCAUCCCUCAACAUAUCUCAUCGGCCGUGGAAAGAAAUUGAUUUUCAUGAUAAACUAAUGCAGUACUUGCAAGAGUUUCCCGAAUACCAUGAAUUCGAAGCAUUUGCUAUGAGACAAUUUGAGCCUACGAUGGAUUUACCUAACCAACAACUCAAACUUCCUAUUUAUUAUACCAACGUUAUCAGUAACUUCAUAUCGAUUAUGGAGAACUUGAUUAUGUAUCUGAUAGAAUAUUCUCAAGUGGACUUGCUGAUCAAUAUCUUGGAUACAUAUGGGCAUUUGUUUUACCAGCACCAAUGUCCGUUAUCAUUUGUCACCAAUCUCUUAUUAUACUAUUAUCCUUCCGAGACUUUGCGUAGUCCACCUGUUUUAAAAAGAAUUUUGAGGCUAUUAGAUUUUGAGCAGUAUCCUAUUCUUAAAGAGGCUCGUGCAUAUGCGGAAAAUGAAGAAGAUGAUGGCAAAAUGUUCCAAGCCGAAUAUUUUGAAAAGAUAAUCCAUAAAUUAGCUGGAAGCUUAAACCCGAAGCGAUGUGCCCCCAGAUUAAAUCCAGAAUUACCAGAAAGGCACUUUCGAGAAAUUGGCAGCCCAGCAAUAGAAGGGAUAUCUAUAGCAACAUUAGAAAUCAUGAUUACACCUAUACCUCCCAGUGCUAUUGUUCGCCAUUUAUUGAAUCUCGCCUUACUGAGAGAGUCACAUCAUGUGGGCUGCUCAGCACUAAGCCUGCAUGCAAUUGGGGUACUCUUACCAAUGCUCCCUCAGCAAGACUUCAUACAUCCAAUAUUUAAAGAACUGAAUGAACUGAUCGAAACAGACCCUUAUUUAUUAGAAAUAUCAGAACCAUGUCGACUCAUUCGUUGUGGAAUACCCAAAAGCAUUAAUGGCCAAUAUGCAAUGCAACAGACUCUUCCUGAUCUUACAACCGCCUCUGUCCUUCGCGAAGAUAUGAGCACUCGAUUAUCUAAAGCAAUGAUACAUCCGUACAUUUUUAACGACUACACAUUCAAUCUCCAUAACUAUACAACAAACGCACCGAACAGUUUCUUAUGCUUAUUCCACAGUAUUAUUCAUUAUUCAAGCCUUGAUAUUUUUUCAAUAUUUUUAGAGUAUAUUCAACAACUACGACUUUCUGGUAAAUCAAAAACAGAUGUACAGUUGCUAUACAUCUGUUUUUUGAUUGGUCCCGCUCUACAUCGUAUAGAGAAGCUAGAUACGAGCGAUGCGGGUUUUCUAAUUGAAUUGAUGCAUUUGGUUAAGCAAGUAACAGAAACCUUGGAUAUGAAAGAUGGCUGGACAACGCAAGCUUUAGAGCGAGUGUAUGACUUUUUACACCAUAUCCGUACACGGUUUGUCAAAUCGAAUGAAUUGGCAACUCAGAUAAGGGAUAUUAUUCGCUCCAUGAGCUCCCCUAUUGCACAAAGAUUGUUAAGACUGAUCUAUGAUAAAAAAGUUGAAAGCUAAAAAGAAAACACUCUUUCAUUGAACAGUAAUGAUUACCACUAAAUUGCGGUGUAUAACCAUCUACUACAAAUAAAACUACAUGAGUUAACC